AAUUAAAAAAAAUUUUAGUUCCUUUUAGUGGAAUUGUUUUGUUUUUAGAGCAACUUCACCCCUAUUGCUAUUUGAAUAAGUAAACAAAAACAUGCUGUUCCUAUGUCCUAAGCAUGCUGUUACCCAGCUAGCUUUCAUCAUAUUGCACUUGGCUACAAAAGGCCGCACACAAAAAAAUCCAGAAAUAUUUGCAGGAUAAGCCAAAAACACUCCCAGAAUUUCCCCGUGUUUGUCACAGUGUUUUAGCUUAAAAAGUAAGUUAUCUGUUCUCUUCAAAUGUAGGAGGUUUGAAGACACCUCUCCAGCAGAUUUGCCUGUGCAGCAUGGCAGCCCCUUUUGCAUCACUACCUUGCCUCUUGGAAGGGGGAAGAGCAAUGCAAGGGAAACUAAAGCUGCUUUCUGCUGAUGGCUGCUGGUUGAUCCAUAACCCACUUCACACUACAUUUGUUCUUUUACAGGUAGGGCAGAAAACAUUCAGGACCGUUUGAAAAAUAAACAAGCUUUAACAAAAUAUUACUCAGACGUGAAUCAGGAAUCUGUCGAUAAAGAAACCAGUUUCUGUCACCUGUCAUAAAGUUAGCAGCAUUAGUCUUAGAGCAAUUAAAUGGUAGAUAAUACCAUUCUAUGUUUCCUUAUCGUUUUAAAUUUCAAGCCUUGAGAAGGUAAGAUGAGGCUUCAAGCCUUUGUGCAGACAUGUAUUCAUCCCCCAAGAGUAGUGCAGGGUGCCUUUACUCAGGAGACCCGAAAGCACGCUUGGGUGAAUGCAUGUGCACAGGAGGCCUCUCGUGCUUUGCAGGCCCAUGGCUGAAUCCUCACACCUUGUACAGCAUUUGGGUGGUUUUACAGCAGGAGAGCCUGGGGAGAAGGUGAGUUGGUUGGUUGGUUUGUGCUGACCUGCUUGCCCUUGAAGGGGUGAUGCAUCAAACAUUCUCAUACCAAAUGCUGUCAGUGGCACAAAAAGGGGCCAUGCUCUGAUGCUGUUUUUCCCACCUACCAGCAUCACCAGCCUCAUUUCAGCUCCAGCCCCUCCUGAAGACAAUGUGUGGGUGAGCACAGCUGCAAGCCAGUCUGCACCCACGGUCCUCUGGGCUGACUCACAAAUGUACUUCUCAUGUCAUACUAAACAUGUCUUGCCAUACUAAAAAGGCCACUGGAAACCCAUGAAGCACCGUGCUCAGGCACUGCCCUAUGGGAAGAGGAAACCAAGCCCUUGCAGUAUCAGAUACCAAAAUGCAAGGCCAGGUAUAAUCAAUGUAAUAUUUACCAAAAUAUCUUGCUAUGCAGAGCAAGUUUCUGAUGUACUUUUAGCUUGCUCUGGUUUAGGCCUCUGUCUGUACAUGCUUAACUUUGAGAGAAAAAAGCAAAUGAAUGGGGGAGAAAAAACCACCUUGCACAAGCACGGGGUGAAAAAAAAUUAUCUGUAAGAUUUUGUGUUGCAUAAGUGCCCCUGGAAAUAAUCUGGUACAUCUCCAAAUAAAACAGAAAUCUUUUAUGCUUGUAAGUUUCUGUGUGGAAUGACAGUAGUUUCUGUGUUUGUUAACUCUGUAAAUGUUUGCUGUAGAUACUAUCAAUGGCAAUAUUUUAUUUAAAGAAGUGUACUAAAGUUUAAAGCAAAGAAACUCCUCCCUCAGCCUGUGAACACAACAACUACAACAAUUAGGUAGUAAAAACUGAAUUGAAAGUAGUCUUAGGUGUUAAGCUGUGCGUUUUACAGGUGAGCUGGAACAAAAACAUGUCCAGGGGCACAGCAUACCCUGGGUUGGAUGAGGAGCUCUCACUGAAAGCCCCAGCAGUCAGCAAGCACCAGCCAGAGUUUUGUCUGAGGUACAGCCAGUUAUUGCCAAAUGACUGGUUUUCUGUGUCGUGGAGGUGGGAAGACUUGGUGGUGGCUCACCAUCUUCUUUUACUUGGUAUCAUGUGCUGCUUUGGAGAACAGGAUAAAGAUCCCCUGCACUGCCCUCAGGCUUUGAUCCCCAAUUCAGCCGUCUUUAGCUUGUUCAUUUCCUCAAGAGUUGGUACCGGCAAGGGUGUUGAUGAUGAGCAGGAUAAGCUGCUAACACCAUCCCUUCUGCAGAGCACAGGAAGCCUCAUCAUUCAGAAGGAAGAAUAAAAACAUAAUGCUAUGAGAAGUUGUAGAACCAUGGAAAUGGUUAGGUCUCCCCAGACUAGAACAACAUUAUAGCCUAUAUUUGGUGUCAGAUUCCUCUUUGGACUAAAGUAGCCCAAACUUCUGGUCCACAGUCAAGUGAAUAUGGAAGAGAGACUGGAAUGGCUGUGCAAAGGCUUACUUCCAAGUACAACUAAUUCAAAUUUAUUAUUCCCAUGCUGUGAAAAAUUCCAACAUCUACUUAAGUUUUUCUUCUGAUGGGAAAUUUCAAAAUGUCUACAUUUCAUUUCACUUUUUUCACCAAAAAAAAAGCCUGCUAGCAGGAAGCCUAGCAGGUUGCCAAAAGCAAGUCAUUUGACAUACAAAGUUUUUUUUAAAGCUCCUGUCCAGCCAAAAGUUUGUUAAAACAUGUUUCCAUAGGACAAUUGUAGUGAUGAAUCUUUGUUUUCCAGUGAAACGUUGUUGCACUAGCUAGCUGGAGUGCAGAUCUUUGUAAAAUACAUGCAUUUAAAUGUGUCUAAAAAGUUUACUGUAUGUGCUUGGACCAAGGACUUCAGUGGCAUGCCAGAAGAGAUAUCCCAGAUUAACAGCAGCAAGGCAGGAGGUUUGAAAUGUGGAAGCUUGUAAUUACUAAAAGGAGACGAAUUGUCCUCUUGUUGAACUCAUAUUAGGUAUUGAUCUGCCUAUACUUAUUUUAUAUCAAGAAAGAGAGGAUAUUUCUGCCAAAAUUUCCAAAGAUUCUGGAAGAUGAUGCACUCAAUAGGUUGAAAGACAUACCCACAUCUCGUUUUGAAUGUCAUUAGAAACUGGCUAAUUUUAAAAGCAUUUUUUGAUCUGAUGCCAUAUGAUGGUCUGAUGUUCCAGGAAUUGCUAGUGUCCAUGAAAAAGUGAGGAGGCCAUGGAAUAAUAAUUUUCUAUCCGAGGUUACAUAUAUGACUUAUACAACCACAUAUUUUAAGCAUUUCAUCACAGUCUCUUGAUCCCUUUCUGAAGCCCUUUAUGUCAGGAAGAAGCAGAGCUUGCCUUCACCUCCAGAAAGGAGCCUCUGCUCACAAGUGGUGGGUACUUUACCUUCUUCCCUUAGAGUCAGCAAUAUUUGGACUGUAGCUGCAGAGGGGUGAUUGAGGGAACCAUAGGGACUGUAGUUUCUCCUAUCUUUGGCUUCAUUUCCAGAGAUGCCACGGAACCUCUGUUCCCUUGGCUAUAGGAUGCCAAAGGUUGUAGAUCCAAAUAUUAGUGACCAGAUCUGGAAAUGUUGCUCUGAGCAUGCCAUUACAGCAUACCCCUGUACUUUGGCUGGCUGUAACAGGGAGAUGGGAGAGGAGGGCAGUGGAAUGAGGGUAAUGAGGUUUUCAGUUUACAACAGAUAUUUGUAUAUAAAGGUUCAACUUAAUACAUUGCGUAGAAAGACCAUUCAUCAACUGUACCAUGGCACCUAACCAGCCUCCAAACUGUAAAAACACUUAUUUUACCUGUUAAAUUCCAUAGUAUUACACUUUGUUUAUUUUUAUGUUCUGCAAAGUGUAAAAGAGUGCAAAAGUAUUACUCUUGUUUGCAUAGGAAACAAACCAAAACAAGUCCUUUCCUGACUGUGUUUUCUUUGCCUGGUCAGGCACUCCAGGUGAGGGCAUGUGCUCCUUUCAUAUCUUGAUUACAGCACUUCUAAAGAAAGCAACAUGCAUAGUCCUGCAACUUUGGAGGGAUUAAGGCCAUUACAGGUGAGUCCUAUUCUGUUGCUUGUCACAUGGCUAAAUGGAGCCAUGCAAUGGGUCAUUUAUCUGGUGUCAGCAGCUGAAACUUGCAUGAGAAAAAGCCGUUCUAGCAGUGACAAAAGGAAGCCUGUCACGAAUGUGUAAAACAUGCCUGUAACCCAAAACCUUGUAUUUCUAUUACUGUUAAGAGUGUUGCUCCAAGAACCAAAUGAAGUCAUGAAUGUUGGUUUGGCGAUAUCUAGCUUAGGAUACUUCAGUGCUUAAAACUAAUUUAUAUAAAAAUUUAACAGCACAAAAGCGUUUUAAAGUUUUGUAAUGCCAGCGGCAGGUCAGCAGGGUGUGAGAGUUGUUACUGCGUCUCUGCAUAUCCCGGGUAUGUCAGAUACACACGGUUCUGUGGCACUCUGGCAAUAUCCUUUCCGCACCACAGAGAUACAUUACCUGUUGUUGACCCAGACGAUGUCAGCAGCCAACACAGAUAACCGCUGACAUUCCCACUGCUGAUGGGGAGUUAUCAUUGAGAUGCUUGAGGACUUGCAGAGGAAGUUUGCUGCGAUGUUGAGAUCCCCAGUCACUUGACCGGUAGCUCAAUGUACACGUUGUUCAGAGCUAUUAUCUUGCAGCGUUACACAGUUCAAAUGAAGUGCAUUGCAACUAUGUUAGCAGUGUAUUUUGACAAAAUCUUUGACGUGAAACAUAGUUUAAUCAAAUUAAGAUUAAAAAUCUUUCCAAAAUAUAAAAAAAAAGACUAAAAAAAAAGAGGGGAAAAAAUAAAAAACUCACCAAGAAAGUAAGAGAUGCACUUUUUUUCUCGUUCAAGGACGAGCUUUUGUUACCCACACAGAUGGUAGGGAAAAGUAGCUCCUUUUCUCUCGAGCUGCUGUGAGCCGCCAUGCUGCAGGAGAGGUGUACUGCUAGGGAAGAUGUACAUAGGUGAUGUGGGCUGCCCAGUGUUUAGCUUCAUCCCGUGGUGUGCAGAAAAAGGUGAAGUAUGAGUCUCUCCUAGCUGUCCUGUGUGGCUGGCUGUACUGCACAGAGUAGCUCUGUCAUCUGGAAAGGGAAGCCUUUUCCAAUCAAUAAUCCACCCCAAAGCUGCCACGCUUACUGAAAUCAUGUAUGCUCCCUUACCUUGAAGGAUUUUGAACUUCAUCCUGAAGACCAGCAUAGCAAAUGUCUCCCUGUCACUCUCCAAAUGCUCUGCUUGCACACUCCUGGGAGCUUUGCACUUGCUCUUUAUAGCAGCACUGAAAGUCAGCAAGGUCCUGGGGGAACGACAAGAACCAAGCAGCUCUUGUCCAGCAACAGUGUUUGGGAACCGUAAGAAAAGACCCAGUUUUAUCUUAGUUCUCAUGAAAAGUGUCACAGGAUGUUUAAUGUCCUUUCUGAGGAAAGACCUGCUGUUUUCCAGAUCUUGCCUGAAAACACAUGCAGUAUUCAGCAAGCCACUUAGUUUAUCUGUCUUGGAAAAACAGAAGGCUGCUGGAAUUUGAAACUUGUUCCAAGAGUCUAGGGUCCAAAUCUCUGUGAGUCCUUCCCCUGGUCUGGGGUUUUGAACUGAGUUUGAAAAUUUAAAGACUAGCAAGCAAUGGCAGCAGGACUCCUAAUGGUGUAUGGGCGUGCAGGGCUGGUGUAUGUGAUAGCGGGCCAUCCCUAUGCUGAAGUUUUGGUGUUAUUUCCACUCUCGAGUGUUGCCUGACUUUGCAACAGGUUAAAAAUACCUUAUGAAAUGCCUGAGAGCACUGAUCCACAAAUCCCAGAACAGACUUUGCCUCGAGGGGGGGGGAAGCCCUCUUAAUGCGGUGAAAGCACCCGUGGCACUGGUGAGACGCGCUUUUCGCUUUUCUUGUCGGUGAAGGUACCACGAAGGAGGGACUCCGAUAGCAGCUUGACGGAGCCGGGCGAGGGGAAGAGCCGUGCCGAGCCCACCGGGGAGGGGAACACCAGUCGAUCAGAUGGCCAGUGACCCAUGCGCCAAGCAGCCCCGGCCCACACCUGGCAUGCUGGCUGGAGUCAGCCCCUGCCACUGAGGCCAGGAAGAGGGAGGAAUCACCAUGGCCUCAUCCCAGCGGGCCCGGCACAUUGGCCCUCCUGAUGGAGGCUGGGGAUGGAUGAUUGUUGCUGGCUGCUUCCUUGUCACUAUCUGUACCAGGGCCGUGACAAGGUGCAUCUCCAUAUUUUUUGUGGAGUUCCAGGCAUACUUUGGGCAGGAUUAUGCCAGAACUGCUUGGAUCCACUCCAUUGUCGACUGUGCUACAAUGCUCUGUGCCCCGCUUGGGAGUUUAAUCAGUAAUCAUGUAUCCUGCCAAGUUGGUAUCAUGCUAGGAGGGCUGCUUGCAUCUUCUGGACUAAUUUUGAGCUCAUUCGCCACCAGUCUGGAACAUCUCUACUUAUCAUUAGGAGUCCUUACAGGACUUGGGUUUGCACUUUGUUAUUCUCCAGCCAUUGCGAUGGUGGGCAAAUACUUCAACAAAAGAAAAGCGUUGGCGUAUGGAAUAGCCAUGUCAGGAAGUGGAAUUGGUACCUUCAUCCUGGCCCCCGUAGUCCAGCUCUUAAUUGAGCAGUUUUCCUGGCGAGGAGCUUUACUCAUCCUGGGAGGUUUUGUUUUAAACCUCUGUGUCUGUGGCGCCUUGAUGCGGCCCAUUUCUCUUAAGGAGGAUCGUAAAACUGUUCCUGAGUUUCUUGAACAGGAUCGUGUCCCCGAAACAGAGAAACAAGACUUAAAGCAAAUGUCCGUCUGUUCACCUUUAAUCAAAGUGUGGUCUCGUGACUGUUUAUGCUACUGUUCACAGAAGGAAUAUGACUUUUUACUGAUGCCAGGCUUCAUGGUGCUGGCAGUGUCAGUUUUAUUUAUGGCAUAUGGAUGUAGCCCUCUUUUUGUCUACCUAGUGCCUUAUGCUUUGAGUGUUGGAGUGAGUCAUCACCAGGCUGCCUUCCUCAUGUCCAUACUUGGUGUCAUAGACAUCAUUGGUAAUAUCACCUUUGGAUGGCUAACAGACAGAAGGUGUCUGAAGAAGCAUCGGUACUUUUGCUACCUCUUUGCUGUGGGAAUGGAUGGCCUUUGUUGUCUUUUCCUGCCAGUUCUUCAAAACUUCCCCUUGCUUGUGCCUUUCUCAUUUACCUUUGGCUACUUUGAUGGAGCCUAUGUAACGCUGAUCCCUGUCAUGACAGCAGAUGUAGUGGGAACUUCCUCAUUAUCAUCAGCACUGGGCGUUGUGUAUUUCCUGCAUGCCAUACCGUAUCUAGUGAGCCCGCCUGUGGCAGGUUGGCUGGUGGACACAACUGGCAGCUAUACUGCAUCAUUCCUCCUGUGUGGAUUUUCUAUGAUAUUUAGUUCAACACUACUGUGCUUUGCAAGACUAGCAAAGAAAAUCAAAAGAACACAUUUGCGGUCGCUCACUAGUGAUACAGGCAUGAAACAGCACAUGUGGACAAAUGGAGCGAUAGCUUAUUCUGUCACAGCAGAAUUAGACCAAAAGGAUGUUGAAUUUUUGUCUGUGGACACAAACAGCUGCAGCAAGAGGUGACAAGUGCCAUCAAGAUUCAGUAGGACACAGCCGUGACUGAGACAGAGGUGGCUCCGUAGUGUUACGCUGCUGAAGAUACUACUCCUGUGAACCAAGGCAUCUGUCAAUUAGAUUUUUCUGUCAUGCUUUAGUUGACUAAAAUCUACAUACAGCAACAGUAAUACCAAGUUUAAUGCAGUAAUAAAAGAAAGCUAGAAUGAAAAUAGAGUUUGUAGAUACAAAUGUUCACAGAUUUAUUGGAAAUGCAAUGUCCACUCCACAGGUAAUCAACAAUUGGCUGUACUCAACAGAAAAUGAUAAAGUAAUCAGUCACCAAAACUGAACAAUAACAUUUACAUUAUUUAAAAAAUAUUAUUAACGACCCAAGCUUUUUGAUGGUGUGUUGUAGUAUGUUUCAAUGGACUAAUAACACACACCACCAAAAAACCUCCACAUGUGAUUUAUGCUGAAAGUAUCUCUGGAGCAGCUUUAAUUUUUACAGUGUACCUGAACUUUGUACAUACAUUCCAAUUUAAUUUCAAAUAUAAUUUUAGACCUACUUUCCCAAGCCCUCUACAGCAAAAAAAAAAAAAAAAAUUUUUUUUUUCCUUCUGGAUGUCUUUAAAGCUUGAAUUUCUAAAAAUUGAAAUCCCAGAUAUGAUUUCCAGCUGAUCCUUGUCUUGAAGGGUGGAAGAGGUACUGUGGCAGCUCUGCUAUAUGAAAAGGAGUAACUUUGUGCCAGAGGACUAGGCAUGCUGAUAGACAAACCUGCUUUAGCUGCAUUAGUUGGAAGAAUCCUAAAGGCAGCCCAGGAGACCAGAGGAGAGGCUCAUGUUGGAGAACUUUAGAGUCCAUGCAACCAGAUGACAGAGAGACUGCUCCCUGUCUAGGCUAUGAGUAAAGAGGAUUGUGCUGUGUAUUGCAGUGGCAAGUCUUUCUCCUUUUGGCCCCAGGAGCUGUAUCUUCAGGUGGUGCAAUUUAGUCGUUUGUGCCAUCUGAAGAGAUGUCGGGUCACUUGUCCUUGAUGGCCAGAACACAACAGCUGCAACUUGGUGGUGGUUUCCUGCUACUUGUGUGAGGAAUUCACUACAGCUGGCUGCUUCACAGGAGCUAGGGACUGAAUGUAGAUCGUGGGUUAAAUUACUGAUCUAAUAAAUAAUGGGAUGUUUCUACAUUUUCAGAAUGAAAAUGUUGUCAACAAUGGAGGAACUUCACAUUCUGCAAUACAAAUAAUUUCAGUAUUUUGAUGGUGUAUAAAGCUGUGUUCUGUUCAUUAACAAAUUGAUCAGAGUCCAAAUAAUUUUCAUUAACACAGACCUAGCAGUUUUGUUAAUCAUCUGCAGUGUAUUCAGUGGCUGCUCAUGGUGUCCUUUUCCACCCUGUGCCUCGGAAGGGAAAGCAACAUAGAUUGAUGUUCACGAAGCUGAUUUAGAUCAAGAGUACAGCCAUAGGGGUAUAAUGUAUUUUUUAAUAUAUAUAUAUGAAUAGCAUGUGUAUCAAGUAGUUUUAUUAUUCAAGCAUAUUUCAAAUAUAAAAUAUUAAAAUUGUUUGACUUCAAUUGUCUGUGAUUAAAUAAAGCAUUUCUCGCUGCCCUGCUUCAGAAGUGUAGUCAGAGCCAGUAGGAUAAUAUAUGUGCACAGACCACAGAAUAAGAGAUGGGAGUGCAAAAACUGCUUAAAGGUAAUGACAUAACCUUUCUUCGGCUCUGCAUGAAAAUUGAGUCCUGGUCCCUGAUAUUGUUUUUAACAUAUAUUCAUUAAAAAAAGACAAAAAUCCUCCAUGAAUGUUUCUUAGUGAGUUAGGAAAAAUAUGCAAAUCUGGAAAAAUUGAGGUGGUUUUAUUAAUUAAUACUGAUGAAGAUAAUGUUUUAGAUCUUAAUGCAAUAUUUAAGUAGUAAAGAAGUGGGGUGUAGUAUGGUCUACAAAGAAUAUAAGUAAUUUUAAACAAGUUAUAACCAUUGUUAUUUACUUUACAAAAAUUUAAUUACUUUGUUUACCACAUCAUAACAUGUCACUAGUUGUUCUUGUCAGAGCUGCAUAUUGUAAAAGCCUAUUGGAAUAUGGUGACAUGCAUUUUUAUCAUGUAAACUAUACUGUGUAAUACAUUCGUAGCAUUUUUAAUUUUUUUUAUUUCAAGAUAUUUUUUCAUAGGCUUUUCCCUAUAUGUGUUAAAGUAGUACUUCUUGUUUUAAAUAUCUUAUUUAGCAACAAACAUUCAACUGGUUUUAUACACAGACCUUUUGUAGAAAAUGGUAGAAUUCUUUCAAGGUUUUCUAAUGCUGUUUCUGCUCUGACUUAAGUCAAUGGGGAAAAGCUUAUAUACCGAAAUGAUGCUUUCUGUGCAUAAAAGACACUGUGAAAUACCAGCCCUGUCAUGAAUGUCCCCACUAAGAAACAGAAGGAAGUGUUAACAACCUGCAAGCAGAAGAAAUGGGAAUACAAUUCAGGCUGGUGAAACCUUACACCAGACUUCUACCCCCUAAUCCACACAACCCAAGCUGAACAGUUCAUCUUUAUCCUGCCAUGUGAUAUAUUUCAGGCAAUGCAUUGUAGAAGUCUCUGGCUUACAAUAUUUUUAAAGAAUGAUUCAUUGUAUCUGUAAUAUUUUUUCAGACAGGAUAAUAAUAAUAUUUUUUCAGACAGGCUGUCCUUCAAGGAGGAGAUUUCCUGGCAUGGCACAGUGCAGCAGUAAAGUGAGAUAGCUGGGCUAGCUGUGAGCAAUUUGCCAGGCUUACACUGCAUGUUCAAUGAUCUUAGUGGUCUUUUCCAACCUUAGUGAUCAUGUAAUUCUAUGUUCCUGCCAGCCCUGAUGGAUACAGGUAUCGAUGGAUAUGAGCUUGGAUGGAGCACUGCACUGCUGAGCCUGUCUGGCUUCCCAGGAUGGCGUGGUUUGACUUGACUGGGGUAAGAUCUGUCUGAGACAGGAACAGAAAGAUUCUACCUCAGAUGAAUCCUGCCUGGAAUAAUGCUCUGUUCUGUGCAGUAGAUGGAAAUUCAGUGUAAGUACUGCUUACAGCUGCUGAAGUUAUGCCAUCUGUUUCCAUUCCAUGAAGUUUGAAUUGGGGUAGUAAUAAUUCUUUUGAAAUUAUUUAUGUUCUAGAAUUUGUGAAAUUAUUUAUGAAAUUAUUUAUGUUCUAGUGAUAAUCUGGGACAUUUAAUAAAUUGUACAUUGAAAAAUUGCGUGAAGACAACAUUGGAAAAGUACCUUCCACUGAAGAAUUGCUCUUUUUUUUCAGAAGAAACAUCCUUAAAGCAUUCCUUUCAGUUUGGAUAAUAAUUUAUCUUCUGAAAAACAAAGGCUGUUUGUGCUACUAUAUGGGGAAUAUAUUUUAUAUUGCCACAAUAAUUCCUUGUUUGCUUUCUAAAGUGUUACAAAUUUAUGUGAGAAGAAAGAGCUUGUUUAAGUUAAGUUGUUACAGUCCUUCAUGGUCAGCUUAGCAAAGUCCUAGCUGGGAUUGCCUCAAUAAACAAUGCCUUCUUCUAAGUGAC